AUGAUGAACGCAUCAUCGUUGUCCUCAAUGGGUUUUGAAUUCCCGGCAUCUGGUUCGCGUACGUUUCAAGAUUCAUUAGCUGCCGUACCCGAUGAUCAUCUACAGCGUUUAGCACAAAUGACACAACAUGUCGGCAACAUUAAAACUGAUCCAGCGGAACCGGAGACAACUGCAACCAUGCAACCGGAUCCGACGUUAUAUCAAUCGGCAGCUGCAGCAGCCUAUGUUCAACAGUAUGGGAAUUGGCCAAACUAUUAUCAGCAAUUUGGACAACCAAUGAAUCCGGCAGCAUUUACGGCGGCAGCCGCCUGGCCGGCACAGUGUUAUGCAGCUCCACCACAUUGGCCAACAUACGGUUAG